AAUUUACUUACACCCAUGUUGGACCCAAAAAGAAAUUCGAUAUAUCGACAUCGAAAAAUUUCCAUCGAUUUAUCGCACUCCAUCGGUUCCAUCGAUAAUAUCGAUGGUGCCAUCGAUGGGUUUCCCAGCUCUACAUAUUACUGCAACUGCAUUUUAAAUAUACACCCACACACACACACCCGCUCCAGCACUACUUGCAGAAAAGAACAACUAAAUAGAACACGCCGACAAUUGCUAGGUGAACAAAUGACCACCGCCUCCACAUCGCAACAUGCUUCGUCCACACUGAUGGCGGCCAGCGCUGGCUCGAGUUCGGCAACAGGCACGGGAGGAUCUGGUUCCAAUACCACCACAUCGACACCCAGUAGCUCAGCUGUUCGCGCCCUGGCCAUGGAAUAUAAAUCAUUGCAGGAAGAACCUGUCGAGGGAUUUCGUGUGAAAUUGAUUAACGAUGAUAAUCUCUUUGAAUGGGAGGUGGCCAUAUUUGGGCCACCGGAUACACUAUAUCAGGGUGGUUAUUUCAAGGCCCAUAUGAAAUUCCCCCAUGAUUAUCCCUAUUCACCGCCAUCCAUACGCUUCCUGACCAAAGUAUGGCAUCCGAAUGUCUAUGAGAACGGUGAUCUAUGCAUAUCGAUAUUGCAUCCACCUGUCGAUGAUCCCCAAAGCGGUGAAUUACCAUGCGAACGUUGGAAUCCCACACAGAAUGUGCGAACGAUUCUAUUGUCAGUUAUAUCCUUGCUCAAUGAACCGAAUACAUAUUCGCCGGCAAAUGUAGAUGCAUCAGUGAUGUAUCGAAGAUGGCGAGAUUCACAGGGUAAGGAUACAGAGUAUCCCAAUAUUAUCAGAAAGCAGGCUCUAGCCGCGAAUGCCGAGGCUAAGCGGGAGGGCAUUGUUGUACCCAUGACUCUGGAGGAUUACUGCCUUAAGCCCACACGAAAAGUCAAUACAGAAUCUGGCUUAGAUCCCAAUUUUUAUGAUGAUGAUUUUGAUCUAGAGACCGAAGAUGAUUUGCCGACAGACGAUGAUUUCGAUGACGAUGACGAGGAUGAGGACGAUGAUGAUGAAGAUGAUGAUGAACAGCAAAAGGAGCUUAGUGCCGACAUUUGCAAAAAUAAGUGCAACAAUAAUGGACUGGGAGUGGCAAGAGCAGCGGCUGCCGAAGCCGAUGGCGAUGCCGAAUCGGCCGAUGAUAGCGGUAAAGGGGAAACCACAUAAUUAGGGCCCAAACCACACCAGCACCACCACAACCACCACCAACCAACUAACCAACCAGCCGAUCCUUUUUCAUCUUCAUCAACUCACCUAACUUCUCUUGCUCUCCUAGGCCACACGUAGGCCAACACUUUUCAUUUCUUCUUAAAAAAAAAAAAACAAACAAAAAGCAACAAAAAAAAUGCUAUUAUUAAUAUGAUUAAUGCCUAAUUAUAAAGCAGGAUUAAGACGAAAAAAGGAUCAGAUGCAACUCAAUUAGACUUUAGUUUAAUUAGUUCGACUUUUAUAACAUCAACAAAAGUGCAAGCUAAAUUCAAAUUGGCGAGUAAAUUUCAAAAUUAAGUCAAAUUAUCGAAAUUAUACAUCAUCUUCAGAAGAUAAAUAUUCAAGCAUAUAUAUUUUUAAUUUUUUUUGUAACAUAACGAGCAAAACAUUUUACCAUUAACACAUAAAUUUAAAGUUUUCAUUUGCCCAAUAAUUUUUCUUUAUGCUUGUGGUUUAAUUUAAUUUUAAUCACUUAAAAUCAUCUAGACUCCCAAUAAAAUAGGCUUAUUAUUAAA